AUGGUGUUCCAAGCUCCUACCCGGAUAGCCCACCUCAGGCAGUUGCUCCAGUGUUCACUUCCCGGAGCCGAUUUUCAACCGGAGAACUUGAACAGACAUCGCCAACCCGUUAAGAAGCUGGACUUGUCUUUACGAAAUUAUACAAUCCCAAGAUGUAAUUGUACCAGGGAGGGUUUCGACAUCAUGGGCCUUCGGAAGGAGCAGCAGGCGGCCAGAGAACAGCCGGAAGUCUUCCCAUCCUGGUUCCUGAAGCGCUUUGACUUCGAGGGAGAAUCCACGUGCUCCAAUUUCUCCACUCAGCGCGGAAAAAAUCAGCGAGUCCUUGCCUACUCUUACUACACAGCAAACGGGAGCUCGGACUACUUCAGGUAUUUGAGUCAGCUACACGGAACCGCCAAGGACGUGGAAAGACUCUACCCCGGGUGGGUCAUGAGGAUUUACCACAACAUCACUUCCACGGACGUUUUUGGACACAGUGAGCUCUGUCGCCUUUACUGCGAGAAUGACCACGUGGACCUCUGCCACAUCCACGAUCUCCCGCGACUGGGAAAUUUGAACAAGCGAGGCGUCGUGGGUCGGAUGUGGCGUUUCGCUGUGAUGGGCGACCCGACCGUGGAAAUUUUCCUCAGUCGCGACGCCGACAGCUGGGUGCUGGCCCGGGAGGCGGCGGCCGUGAGCGAGUGGCUCCAGUCGGGUCGGUCUUUCCACGUAAUGCACGACCACCCCGUCCACAAAGCAUUGAUGAUGGCAGGUCUCUGGGGCGCCAUCAACAAAAACCGAACUUUAAUGGAGAGAAUGAGAGACAUGAUGUUCAACAGCCCGAAGGUCCUAGACAAGGCGUACGACCAGCGACUCCUUCUGAAUAUCGUAUGGCCUGUAGUAAAGACCGACGUCAUGAACCACGACAGUUACACGUGCCAACAUCCUUCGCACGUCAGCGCCAGGCCCUUCCCGACGAAGAGGGAAGACAACAAGUACUGCGGCUGGGGACUCUCCAAGGACAACGCCAGUAAGAAGUUAGCGAAAAAAACAUGUCCCGUAGCCUGCCGCCCGAAGAACCACCUCGACUGGAUCAAAUGCUGAGAAAGGCCGGAUGCUGCGUCGAGGAGGAACACUGGUCUCCUCUG